UAAUGUUAUGUUUUAUAAAAUAUGAUAUAAAGUAAUAAAGGAGCUGAGGUAGUGCUGCUCUCCGCUACAGCCUCCAGCGGCACUGACUGAGAGACAGAAAACACUUCGGUAUUAAUUUUAAAGUUUACUUUUCAUUUAAACCGCUUCCUUUUACAGCCACAGUCACUUCAGCAUGGAGCGCGCGCUGGGAGCUGCAGUCGGACACGCCCACACAGAGGGAUUCUGGGAAAACAUGGCCGCUUCCGGUGUGUGCGAGAGGUUCCUUUAACACUGAGGGGAAACUGAGUGUUAAUGACGGAUUAACACACACACACACACACACACACACGCAGUGAGUGAUGGAGGAGUGCAGCAGUGAGGAGAGUUUAAACUCCAGGCAGCUCAGCGCUCACAGCCUCAGCAGCAGCACGUCCCGGUCAGAGCGCUGUUCCCCCGCCAGAACCCCCACAGCACCCGGUUCUGAUCCGGACAGCUCCACUCCACUCAGCCAGUUACAGGUCAGAGGGAAAACACUUGCUAAGGAUGAGCUGGAGUUGUUAGUGAAGGAAGUUGUACAGACUGAGGCUAAAGAUGUGACCUACAUCUGUCCAUUUGUGGGAGCUGUACGCGGCACACUGACCGUCACCAGCUACAGACUGUACUUCAGAUCAGUCAACCGGGAGCCUGUGUUUGUGUUGGAUCUCCCUCUCGGUGUGAUCAGCAGAAUUGAGAAGAUCGGAGGAGCCUCCAGCAGAGGAGAUAUCUCUUACGGCCUCGUCUGCAAGGACAUGAGGAACCUGCGGUUUGUCCAUAAGCAGCCGGAAGACUCGUUAAAGAAAUCAGUGUUUGAUGUGAUGAGCAAGUUUGCCUUCCCGCUCUCCAACAACUUGUCUCUGUUUGCGUUUGAGUAUAAUCAGGUUUUCCCUGAGAACGGCUGGAAAGUUUAUGACGCUCUCGCGGAGUACAAGAGACAGGGUCUGCCCAAUGAGAGCUGGAGGAUCUCGAAGGUGAAUGAUCGUUAUGAGUUGUGUGACUCAUACUCCACUACACUGGUCGUCCCGGUAACCGUUACCGACGAUGAACUGCGCCGUGUUGCCGCCUUCAGGGCCAGAGGUCGUAUUCCGGUGUUGUCAUGGCUGCACCCCCAUAGUCAGGCGGCAGUGGUACGGUCGGGCCAGCCCAUGUCGGGGGUGAGUGGGAAACGCUGCAGAGAUGACGAGAAGCUGCUGCAGGCCAUCAUGGACGCCAACGCACAGUCUCACAAACUGUUCAUCUUCGAUGCUCGACCCAGCAGCAACGCCGCGGCUAACAAGAUGAAGGGAGGAGGGUGUGAGAGUGAGGACGCGUAUCAGAAUGCUGAGCUCGUCUUCCUUGAUAUACACAACAUUCACGUGAUGCGCGAGUCGCUACGGAAACUGAAGGAGGUGGUCUACCCCAACAUCGAGGAAUCCCAUUGGCUGUCCAACCUUGAGGCCACUCAUUGGCUGGAGCACAUCAAGGUGGAGCUUCACACACACGCACACACACACACACAAAUUGUUUUAUUUUUUUACCAGUUUAAGAGCUGAACCAUGAUGUCAUUGGAGGUGGGCGUGGCCUAGUCCUUUCCAUAAAAAUAUAAAUAGUGUAGAAUUUCACAUUUAGUACUUUUUUUGUAGGGUUCUGAUGCACACACACAAACACACACACACACACACACACAGCACUUCGGUCAUCCUCAUCUAUCUUAGGUUGUCUUAUUUUUUAACUCAUGGUCGCGAGACUAAACCCCUGCUCAGAUGGGAUUAGUGUUCCAUGUGGAGGUGUGUGAUGUAAUUAUUCGUGGAGUAUCUCUGGACUUUCACUUUGAAUCCGUCAUGUCAGUAAUAUUUUACAGAAAGAUUACAGUUUAUUUUCUCUUCUAUAAACUGAGCAGUAGAAAUAACUCCAGGUAACACACACUAUAUUCCGUCUGAACUAACAUGAUGAUAUGUCCUGUGGGAAAAGAGGUUUAAAACGCAGAACAGUAAAAUGUGUGUGUGACAGGGCGAGGGAGGGAAGCGACGCUUGCGGGGGUUUAGAGGGACGUGACUGAGUUCCUAGCACAGGUACACACUACAGACAUGUAAUGGUCAUGUGACCCAGUAAUGGUCCAGCGUGGCCACGCCCCUUACAACAUAAUAAAGAUCAACACAAUCAUUGUGUAUUAAAAUGUGUGUGUGUAGUACACACAGAAUGUUUAGUGUGAUGAGUGUGUGCACAUGAUGAAGACACACGUGAUUUACACACACGUCACUUCUCACGUGUCACUCCAUCACAAUUACUACACGUCCUCUAACUACAUUACUGAGCACGCAUGUCCGGAAAUCUUCUGUGUGUGUGUGUGUGUGAGAUGGUGUGUGAGAUGGUGUGUGUGAUGGUGCGUGUGAUGGUGCGUGUGUGGUGUGUGAUGGUGUGUGUG